GAAUUGACUUGUUUUCGGAACGUUCAGAUCCCCAUUUGCUCAGUUCUAUUGAAUAGCAGCUAUUAACGAACUUUAGUAUCAGCCUCAUAUAUUUCUAAGCAAAAGAAAACAAACGUAAUACUUGAAUUAAAAUAAUAAAAUCUUGAGGUGUUGACCAGACUGGGUGGCCGUUUGCGCAUCGUACACUUAAUUCCUCUAAACAACACUAGAUAAUAAUCCAAAAAUGACCUACGACUUCAAGGAAUUUGAAAAAAAUUCUUCUGAUGAUGAAAGUAUCUCUAGUGAUGGCACAGAAGAGGAUUUUAACAUGUCUGAUGAUGGGGAUGAUGACAGCCCUAUUGAAGAAUCUGUAGUUGAAGACGACAUUGAGGAAGAAGAUGAGGAUGAAGUGGUAAAAGCAAUUAAAGCUGAAAAAAAAAGAGAAAGAGAUCACCCUCCAUCUAUUACAUGUGAUGAAUUCAUUGUUGAUAUAUCAUUGAGUCCCGCUAAGAAUAUAAUUGCUGUAGCUGAUAUUGUUGGUGAUAUUCAUCUAUAUGAAUUCAAUACAGAAGAAACAAAACUUGUCAACACACUAGAGGUACAUCUGAAAGCUUGUAGAGAUAUUGAAUUCAACAGUGAUGGGAAUAUAAUUUUCUCUACAGCCAAGGACAAAUCUAUAAUGGCUACAGAUGUUGAAACGGGAAAGCUAAAACGGUGUUAUGAGAAUGCACACCAGGAUCCAGUUUAUCGUUUACUUUGUUUAGAAAAUAACAAAAUUGUAACAGGAGAUGAUUGUGGUACAGUAAAAUUAUGGGAUGUACGUAAACCGGAUCCUGUAUUUUCAAUAAAAAUUGGCGAAGAGUAUAUUUCUGACAUGAUAACAAAUGACGCACAAAAAUAUUUAGUAUGUUCGGAUGGAAGUGGUAUUUUAACAUCUAUUGAUCUCAAAGCUAGCAAAAUUUAUACAACAUCAGAAGAAUAUGACUGCGAACUUACUUGCAUGGGAUUGUUUCGUUCAGACACAAAGUUGCUAGUUGGAUCAUCUACAGGAAAAUUUUAUUUAUUCAACUGGAAGGAGUUUGGCCUUCACAGUGAUGAAUAUCUCGGUCAAAAACAUGCGAUCAGUUGUAUGGUACCUGUUACGCAGAACAUAGUUGUCACUUCCGGAGAGGACGGCGUUCUAAGGGCAGCGCAUAUGUUUCCCCAACGACAACUCGGUAUCGUUGGUCAGCAUCGCCUACCUGUCGAACAUCUUGAUAUAAGCCAUGAUGGGCGCUACAUUGCUUCUUGUUCACAUGACAAUGAUGUGAAGUUUUGGAAUAUAUCCUAUUUUGAAUCAAUUGACAAUAUUAUUGAUGAAAAGCAUAACAAAAAACGGGAUAUGGUCAAUAAUUUGCCUUCAAGUAGUUUUAAAAAUGCGUCAGAUUUUUUUUCGGGUUUAGCAUAAUGUGUUCGACUUUAUUAGCGCGCAGUUAAGGAGAAAUAAAUCCAUUUUCUAAAA